AUGUUUUCCAAAGGAUCAUUUCAAUUGACCAUUCUGGUUUUCAUUCUCAUGAAUGACAAAACAACGACAGCGCAGAGUCCAUGCACGAACGCUAAUUAUCAAGAUACUACGCUGAAAUUAUUGAAAGAUCAAGCAAUUGGACAUUCCUUCAUGGAUUUAACAUCUUACGGUCAGGACAGAAUCCUUCUCAACCGUUUCGAAGCAUCCGAUGUGGUUCUUAGUCCUGAUGGGCACUAUGUGUAUGUUGUAUUCGAUAACAUCUACCAAAUCGGUGCUUUCUGCACGCCGUUGGGACGGUUAUCCAAUUGUACGGAUCAAUUAUUUUCUUGGCCCAAUGCAUCACUCAACAGUCAAGAUUCGAGUUUUGAAGGAAUAGCUUACGAACCAGUGAACGGAAGAUAUUUCGUUGUGCAAGAAACAGUACCAACAAAUGCGAAAGGAAUAUUUCGUUCAAAUAUUUUUGAAUUAAGCAUUGCCAUGAACCGAGCUCAACCUUUACAGCAAGUUGAUUCCUGUGUAGUCAGUUGGACGUUUGGAUCGAAAAACAAAGGCUUCGAAGGUUUAGAAGCUGUCUACCACCAACGUACAGGUCAAACUUAUCUGCUAGCAUUGUGUGAAGCAAAUAAAUGUGAUCAUAAAUCGAAUUCAACCAACGACGGACGUAUUGUUGUUCUUGAAAAGAAGAGAACAACUGAUGGUGUAUGCUCAUGGGAGCCCAUGGGUACAUUUGACCUGCCAUCAUCAGUUCGUUUCAGUGACUAUUCAGCUAUGUCAAUUUAUCCUUCAAAAACAAAGCAAUUACCCACAUACAUAGCUGUGGUCAGUCAAACAAACAGUCAAUUAUGGAUCGGUCGUAUUGAUGAAAUCGAUGAAAGGCCUUAUUUUGACGUAUCAAAAUUGAAGAAAAGUGUAGUAUAUGACUUUCCACGAUCGACGGAAACGGCUUCUGAAUGUCAAAUCAAAUAUUGUAAUGUUGAAGGUGUAGCAUGGCAAGGCAAGAAUCAGCUCGUUCUAGUUUCCGACAAGGCGAAGGAUGAUCAAGAUAUUCAUUGUAUUGAGAAAGAUCAAAGCAUUCAUUAUUUUGCUUUACCAGACAAUCUAAGCAAAUAA